CUUUCAUAUUUUUUUUUCCAAUAGAAUUUUGCAUGUUUCUUCUGCAAAACAUAAUUUGGGCAAACGACCUAGAAGGCCAGUGGGAGGAAGGGAGGAGAAAUCCUGAAGUCUAAUGUAGCGCUUAUCAUCUGAUAAUGGCGGAAGAAGACGACGAUAGCUUCGGAGAUUUCUCUUUCGCAUAUUAUCCUUCCAAACCUACCAUCGAUUUCCAAAUCAAUGCCCAAAAACACAGCGAUUUAGAGGACGAUGAGUGGAAUGAUUUUGUUGAGUAUCCACGAGGAUCGGAUUCCCCAAAUAGAUCCUCCCAACAAGACGGCUUCGACCAGUUGGCACUCUUCCCUACUCACGAGUUUCAGAAUCCAGCGACCUGCCAAAUGAAAUCUCCUGAGACUGCUCACUGGGUGAAGCCCAGAGGCGCUUUGCCACUUUCAUUGUUUGGAGAAGAAGAGGACGAUGAGAAACAUGAGAUGGGAGGGGAAUCUGCUCAUAUGGAAGCUCAAUUUGCAGCAGGAGAAACUAACCUACUGAGCAGUGUAUCCAACCCUGGGUCUAGUAUUGGGCUGAACGAUAUUCUUGCGAGCUUACCAAAUCAAACAUCAAAGCUCCAACCGGGAAGACCCUCUUCAAAUCCUAGCAAUUCUGGUAAUCAGAACUUCAGCUUGGAUCUGAGUAAGUUGGAUUUUAAUUGGGGUUCGACUGCUGGGAAUAAAGACCCAUGUCAGGUGCAUAAUAUGGAUUUGAACUUAAUUAGGACAGAAUCAAUAUCGAAAGCAGUUGAACAACCUUCUUCAGAAUGCAUUAGGGAUUUUAGUAAUUUUAGUUGGGAGCAGACUGGGUCUCGUUCAAAUUUGAGUGUUGAUGUUAUAGACUUGGGUGAGCAGAUAAAGAAUGAAGGUGCAGUGGAUGGCGUGAAUAGAAGCACUUUCAGCUCAGACACAACUGCAUCAAGUUAUAGUGGCUGGGGAUUAGACUUUGGCGGAUUUGGAUCAUCUUCUAAAACUUGGAAUUCAAGUUUUAGUGGGUUGAACUCGAAUUUGGAUGCUACAGGUGCAUGCGAAAAGUCAGAUGCUAAAAAUACUGAUGGUGAUUGUGAUAAUGAUGAUGUAUGGGAGUUCAAGGAUGCAUUUACUGAUGAAAGGGAUGUAGGUGCAAACAAUAAGGCUGGCUCAGAAGCACAUGAAACUUAUGAGACAAUCACACAUGUUGUAGGUUUUUGCAAUGGUUUAAACAAACCACUUGAUUUCUUUCCCAUGUCAAAUGGAUUGGCAGAAGAAGCUGAUUCACUCACACAACAUAUAGGUGACGUGAAUGCGUAUUCUGGUGGGAUUCUCCAAACAGAUAUAAUGGGACAUGAUAACAUUGUGGCGUACAUGCCUGGGAAUCUGUCAAAUCGAUCUAUUUUCCAAGCAGAAGAAGCUGAUUCACUCACACAAUAUAUAGGUGAAGUGAAUGCAUAUUCUGGUGGGACUCUCCAAACAGAUAUUAAGGGACAUGAUACUGGUAACAUUGUGGCGUACAUGCCUGGGAAUCUGUCAAAUCAAUCAAUUGAUCUAUUUUCUAUGCCUAAUAGAACUGACAGUGCCGUGCAAGAUGUUGGUGACACGCAUGCAUUCCCAUCUUGGUUUUCUAAUGGUUCGGUCAUGACAAACGAGUCAAUAAAAACAAUGCCUGAGGCACAUGAAACUGGUUCCUUGAAGGACAAUUUGUCUUCGUAUUCUGGGAGUGCCAGUCCUUCAGUCGGUUUGUUUACUGCAUUGCAUGGAUCUGUUGAUUUGUUUACGUCUGCAAAUCCAAUUACCAGCAUUAUGCAUGAAAGCAAGGUUGAAAGCAAUGAUAAGUUGAGUGCUUGUACUCAAAACGAUUUUAUUGCAGAUUCCAAUGGGUCAUCUGGAAAAAGAGACAGUAAUGGUGAUGACUUUGGAGAAUUUACUUCCGCAUUGUCUGAUAGUGGUUCAAAGCGAGAGGUGAACAUGUCAGGGUCUAUUUAUGAAGGAGCUUUGCCCUUAUCUGUAUUUGGAAAUGAAGAACUGGAUUUUGAUGUCUCUUCUACCAUCAACGAUGGUUUUAUGUGUCAUCAAAUUCCUUUCCAGAAGAGUGAUAAAAAACUAAACCCCGGCAUUUCAAUCAAUGAUGUCAUACCUAGUUUACACGACCAAGCAGAACACACCUCUUCUGCGAGCUCCUUGAAAAACCUUUCUGAUGUUGUAGAACCCCCUUAUUCAGGUGACAUUUCUAAUUUAGUGAAUGAUGAAGAUGCAAUAGCUGAUGUAUCAUGGGAGCCUAAAGAUUCCAUUUUUCAAAGAAGAGCUGACAAUGAGACAUCGAGUUUGGAUCAUGGGGAACCACUUCCAAGCAGUUUGUCCAUUAGAAAGCUAGAUAAUUAUCUGGAGUUCUAUUCAAAACUAAAGGAAGAGUUGUGCCUUCACUGUAAAUAUAAACUUCCGGAUCUUAAGGGUGGUGCUGACAAUAAAUUAGAGUAUGAAAGUUCUAAAUGUGAAGGAGAUUAUAUAACAGCACAUCCAUCAUGGGAGACUUGUUUCCAUGAAUUUCUUGAGGCGCUUAAGAAACCAAAAUUUCACAUGUUGGAAUCAGAAUAUAACAUAUCAAAGAGGCUUUCACAAAUGGAAAAGGAUUUCUGUUCAUCGGAUGAGCUUAUCAAUCAUGCUAGCAUAAUGCUGAAUCUUUUGACAUUGGUCUCAGUCGAGGGACAACAUUUUUAUGCAUCCACAUGGGACACAAUGAUCUCUGUUUGCACUCGAGAGUUGCAGCAUGGUACAUGGCUUUGGAAGCAGAUAUUGAAUAAGGAUGCUCAGAGUCAAAUACUCUCCAAUAAGAGAGGACGGACAUACAUUCUGGGGCUUAGUGAGAUUUACAAGGUUGCUAUAGUGCUUGAAGCUUCAAUUAAACUUUAUCAGCCAUGGACUUGGUUAAAUUCUGUUGAUUUCACAGGCAUCCAUUCUCUUCUAGAUGAAUGUCAUGCUCUUUGGUCUAGCUCUGGACUUGAGCAGGCUAUCAUGAGUAUUUCAGAUCUAGAACCUGCCAGCACCAUUAGAUGGUGUCUUCACAAUAUCAAAUCUAUUCUUGAUAUUGAUGCACUCACUCUUCAAAAGCGCCUUUUCUGUCGGAAUGGUGUAACCUGUCGGCUAUCACUCCUAACUUCAGAAGUGUUACAUGAAUUAGGAAUGAAGCUUGUUAUUUGGAAUGAAGAGCACUACAUUCUCUCGCUCGCAAAUUUUUGGGCGAAUCUUGUAAGCAAUGAUCCUCCAGAGUGGCCACAUUUAUGUUUUGCGAGAUGAGAAAAACACUCGCGCAUACCACACGCAAGGCUCUCAAGAGCAUAUAAUACCAGUGAGAAAUAAAUACCUUUUUCAAAAUUUAUUUAUUUAUUCAAAUGCGUCAUUCUUUUUCCGAUAGAGUGUAGUUAUAUAGUACGCGUGAUGUAUUUAGUUUUAUGCCAAUGUGGCUUUAGGUGUGAUUUUUUUGGUGAAUGAUUACCCCAAGGGUGCAUUCUUUCCAUAUCUUCAUGUGUAAGCUGUUGAACAUAAUGAUUCCAAAUGAACUAGUGCAAAGUUUGGGAUGUAUUGCCAUUUCAAACUGGGGUUCUGCAAAGUUUAGUCUGUAAUAAGCUUCAAGUGGACUA